GACAGCGGGCACCGCGUCAUCUGGCAAGGCAGUGGGCUCCGAGUCAACUGGUAUGACCGCGGGCACUGGGUCACCAGGCAUCAGGUCAUUUGGCUUGCCAGCGGGCACCGCGUCAUCUGGCAAGGCAGUGGGCACCGAGUCACCAGGUACGACAGCGGGCUCUGAGUCAAUUGGCACGACAGCGGGCACCGAUCAGGUACCGGAUCAUCUGGAUCAACAGCGGGCAUCGAGUCAACUGGCCUAAUAGGAUCAUCAGGCUGGAUCAGUUCAUCAUGCUGGGUAGAGGCAUCAUGCUGGGUAGAGGCAUCAGGCUGAGUAGAGGCAUCAGGCUGAAGAGAGGCAUCAGGCUGAAGAGAGGCAUCAGGCUGAAGAGAGGCAUCAGGCUGGGUACAGGCAUCAGGCUGGGUACAGACCUCAGGCUGAAGUGUCUGCAAACGAAUGGAGCAGCUGGAGACAGAGAAGAGCUGGAGGAUGGAACAGAGGAGGGAGCAGUUGCUACAGAGGGCAUUUUUACAGGGUUAAAGGCAGGAUAGGUGC